GCUCCCUGGGAGACAUCUCCAAAUCAUUCCUCGAUCUCACUGACCCGGAUGAGAUCAACAGCUACUUGGCCUUCAACGUCACCUCGGCGCUUUGCCUCACCUCCACCGCCCUGCGAGCCUUCGGGAAGCGGCCCGGCUCGAGCAGGACGGUGGUGAACAUCUCCUCGCUCUGUGCCCUGAAGCCCUUCAAGAACUGGGCGCUGUACUGCAGCGGGAAGGCUGCCCGGGACAUGAUGUUCCAGGUGCUGGCGCUCGAGGAGCCUGAUGUCCGUGUGCUCAACUACGCCCCGG